AGUAUUGAUCACUGAUAACACAAAAAUGCGAAAAAUAGAAAGUGUUGAGUUGGAAAUAAAUUGAAAAUUUUAAUUAAAAAAUGUCUUGGUUUACAGAAAUUUCUGAAAAGGCUGAAAACCUUCUCAAUACACUCGAUAAAAAUGCAGCAAAAGCUCUCAGCAAACAAAAAAACGUCAAAAGUAUCCCCAGCAAUGAUUCGUUUCACAACACUGAACCAGAUAAUUCAUUGAAAAUAUUGCUAGAAGACGAUGAUAUUCCAAUACCGAAACAAAAUGACGUAUAUUUGUCGUUGAACGAUAGCGCUCAGUCAAAAAUUACCGAAAAUCCGGAACUCAGCAUUAGUUACCAAAAUUCAGUCUCACCGGACAUCAGUAGAACAGUCGAUGAACAAUUUCAAACUGAGAUGCUACAGAAUGAAAUACAUUCCUUGAAUAAUGAAAUAUCACUGCUCCUAAACCGAGCUAAAAUUGCCGAACAAAAAACGAUUAAUCUAUCUGAUAAAUUGGCCAGUGUUGAGCAUAAAAAUAAGUUACUCGAAGAGCAGCUCGCAGAUAUCACUAGAAAUGGAUUACCAGAAAGUAAUAAUGAUAUAAAAAAUAUACCUUCGAAUGAUUCUUCACCGAGUAUAAAAUUCCCUAAAACCGAUAAAAGCGAAUGGCACGAACAUUACGAAACUCAAAUACAAGAACUGCUACAAGAUAAAACUAACCUGGAAGAAACGCUGAAAUCAAAAAAUGACGAAAUAAUGAUGUUAAAAUCUAGAUUAAAUCAAAAAUCGUAUAGUUUUUCAAACGAUGAUCUCAGUUCUAGACUGCGAGCUCUAACUAUAACAUUAGUACAGAAGCAGUCUUCGCUGGAACGUUUGACAUCGGAUAAGAAUUCUCUAGAAGCGAAAUACGAUCAAUUAGAAAAAAAAUACGAAGAAGUUGUAAAUAUGUUGCACCAACGCAUCAACAUGAAUGAUACCGAUGAUGUUAAAGCUCAAAUUCCAUUGUUUAAGCCAGAAAAAACUUAUGGAUCGGGAUUACGACAUCGACUAAGAAAUGCAUAUUCAUCGCUUCCACCGUCUUUAAAUAUUGAAGUAUUAUUUAGAAAAUCAUCGGUAGUCAGAGCAUUUGUAUGGAUAUAUUUGAUUCUAAUGCACGGAUUGGUAUUCCUUUUAUUAAACUCUCAUAUGCCAGAAACUACCAACGUUUAAUUACGAGUAGUUAUGAAUAUUUCAAAAUCGUGCAAUUAUUAUACCAUUUUUUUUUCAAAUAAAUAAAUUGUAUUUUUUGUAAUAAUUCUUUUUAUUAGCUUAACACUUAUAUUACAAUGAACCGAAAUACUUCGUAGCAUGCACAAGUAAAUUCAAUUGCUGAGAUUAACAUUAAUGAACAUUUGAAAUUACAAUUUAAACCUUACAUAUACGAAAAAGUAAGUCUCAUUAAAAGUUUACAUUAUCAAAAUUCAAUACAUGCGUAUAAAACUUACAAUAAAUAUUCAUAUAUUAUAAAUAUAUUUUUCUCAAUCAAAAAAACCACAGCUAUGUGACUUAACCAAAUUACCUAUCUACUGAUCUUGCUAACUCGCAUUUUUGUAUUGGUUCAUUCCAAAGAUGAUUUCUUUUAAUAAUCUACAUAAACGAGAGAGAUAUAGAAAUAACAGAAAAAAAAAUGAACUAACACCGUGUUGAGAAUAAUACAUCUCGCAUUAAAUUUUUCGUGCUCAAUAAAGCUUCGUAUCUUUAUACAAGGGAAAAAAAUUGAAAACUUUAUAAUUCAUUUACUCUAAAUAGGUAGGGGUAUAUUUAUAUAUAGCAUAGAGAGGUAUUUAUAGGUAUAUAACGCGUAUAUGAAUUCAAACAAUUGUAUUAAAAAAAUGGUUGACUAGCGUAUAGCAUUCUUAACAAAUAAAAAAAAAUUAUAAAGAGAGGAAAACAAUAUAUUAUAUUAUAAAGAAAAAAAAACCGAUCAGGUGAAGUUGGAAAAUUGGCUUCGCAAUAUUUUAUCAUCUCUGACACAAACAGUCAAACAGAAACAGACACACACGUUGCAGGGGCGUAACACGCGAUUACACGCGCUCAAAUAUAAUCGUAAAUUACGUUAUAUAGAAAAUUAUCCGCGAUAUACGUCCACGUACUUUAUACUCUUUAAUUGAUUAAGAAUAUCUCGAGUUUUUUUUCUCUCUUUCUCUCUCUAUCUCUUCUUCAUUCUUUAAUAGAGCGUGUAAAAAUUAAUAGCUCGUUAAAUGGGUAAAAUCAAGGUUCUCUCUAAGAUAAAUUGAAAUCCUCCGACGAAGUAGCUAAAGCUAUACAUUUUAGGUACGUACAUAUAAAAACAAUACCUAGCUUUAGGAUUUCGAAAAA